UUUAUGCAAACGCAUGAAAAUUACCUAGAAAAAUGUUAAGAUUUAAAUUAUCUAAAUUCAAGCAAGUUUGUUCUUCAAUUUUGCUACCACGUAUUUUAUUAAAAAACUUAAAAUAUUCAAAGGAGUUGAAUUAUUAUAAUCGUGCAUUAGAGCAGUUCAGUAAAGUUAGAAAAAGUACGAAUUCAGGUGGUAAAGAUGAAGCAACGGAUAAACAAAAGCGUAUUAUUGAAAAGUGCUUCGAUGAUAAGUCACUUUCGGCGUCAGAGCCAGAAGCGUGCAAGAGGAUGAGUAAAGAAGUAAAGGAUGUUGAGAAUGAAAUUAUUUUUACUCCUGAAUUUUACAACAUGAAACAUGGCGAACGAUGCGACACGGUUAUCUCAAGGCUAUUCAAAAAUGAAACUGUCCACGAUACAUCGGUAGAUAAUAAAGAAUCUAAUUUAGCUGAAGAUGCUAAAGUACAAGCUUCAACAGCGAAGCACGAAGAAGAGAAGUUGGUUCAGAGGAUUGAGGUCGUCGAUGAAACGCCACAUGUUGAAGCGCAUGCGCCUAAGGUUGAAGGAUUUAAUUCAAUACCGAAGAUAUUAGGUGGCAAGACCUGCGAGAUGUCCAAAUCGAUUUCAAACGAUGAACAAACAAAUCUAGAUGAGUUAGCAAAGCGCUGUCUCGGUUCACCGGACAAUGAACUAGAUAAAAUUGUAGCUCAAGAAUUAAAGAGAAUUUCUCAAAAUAAAUCGCAGUCGAAUUGUGAUUUAGAUUUAGUUCAAAAUCAAUGUAUAAAAGAAACGGGUGCCACAAAUGUAUGUCGAUUCGAUAGGGUUCAGCCAGUAAAUUUAGAUACAGUACCAUUAAUUGACGAUGUUGCAAGGGAUUAUAAAGAGGGUGGUUUUAUACGAGAAUAUUCUACAAUCUUUUUUACAAAAGAUGUUGAUGAAAGUAAAAUAGAUACUCCCCCGCCUCUAUCUCCGUAUGAAAAACCAGCACUACCUUUUUAUGAAUAUCCAAAUAAAGAAAACAUUACACCAGAAGAUGACUCUAAAAUGGAAACAGCCGCAAUUGAUGAGAAUAUACAAGAAACAGAGAUUAUUUUCAAAGAUGAUUCUCUUGAAAGGAAUACUAUUGAUCAAGAAGAAAGUCAAAUACUUGAAGGUGAAGAAAAUUUGAACCCUAAGCCUAAUAUUAAUCGAUGUCACCAAUCAAUUUUGGAACCAAAAAUUUUAAAAACAGCCCAAGAAGAUGUCUGUGUAAGAAAUAAUUUUAUACAAGAUAAUAUACCUACACUGAACAUCAUGAACAGCCAACAGCUAUUUACAUCUGAAGCUGAAACGCCAGACAUGCACUCUGAUUCGAAAGAUGAACCUCAAAAGUCUUCAAUAUCGAGCACAUUUUUACCAGAAGGCGAUCGUCGAACGUUAGAUCUUCCCGAGAAUACUUCGAUUUCCGCAAACCAAAAUCCUGAUGAAUAUUUCAACAUCAGUUUACCAGAUGAUAUAUUAACAGAGGGUGAGACGGUGAAACGUAUAUUUGCAGAAAGUCCGGUUUCGCAAAAUAUAUUUUAUUCGGCAUUGCCGCAAAUCGAAUUACAGGAAUCUACAGAUAGAGCCGAGAGAGUAGCAGAGAGCUUCUUGAAAGAUUCGCAUUCAGUAUUGGAACCUGAAGCGAAGCAAGCAACAUCUGUACGCAAAGAUCGCAUCGACGCAAAUUUAGACGAGCUAAUAAGUAAAAGAGAUACUUCGUGUUCAGAAAACUCAGUCCCUUUGUCCUUGCUUUUAAAAUAUAUACAAGAACGAAAUCGCUUGGAAUACUGUAGAAAAAUCGUUGCGAAAGCCGAUAUUAAGCUUGAGGGAAAUAAGAAUUUUUCUGGCUCUCAAGGCGAGAAAUCCAAGUCUAAAAGUGAUUGCAACGUGAAACCUUGCCCGAUUCAACCCAAACCAAAACCGUCAUCAGCUUCCGGACCGUGCAAAAUACCACCUUGUAAACCGAAAAAAGACCCAUGCGCGAAGUUAUUGCCCAUUUUCUUAAGCACAAUGAUCAGGCGCGAUGUUUCUUUUGACAUCGCGAAACACAAAAAUACCACAUCCCCGAAUUCGGAAGUAGCACUGACCUCUUUAUCUAUAUUAAGCGAAGUCGUGAUCCAACGAAUUCAGAAAUUGAGCGUACAGUUGAAAUUUCAUGGUAACAAUAAUUGUGGAGAUGCCGUAGAUUAUGCGAGAGACUUUCAACCCUGGAUUCCGAUACCAUCUUGGCCGAUUCCGAAGAAGGAAAAGAAAAGGCCCUUUGUUUGCCCAAAGGAGGGAUGUAAAGUUCCUCUUCCUCAGCCCAAUAAGCCUUGUAAAGAUAAACAAUGUCUUGGGCUCUCGAAGCAAUCAUUUGUUUCAAGAUUUUUCGCCCCCUAGUCUAUACGUUGACAGGAAACUACGAAUUCUUAUUUAAAGAUAUUUUUGAUGUUUUUUGUUUAAUUUGAUACCAGAAAUCUGUUAAUUUAUUACAACAGCUUUGUUACCAUUCAAAUAUAUUUCCGUU